CUUUUCUGCAAAUAUUUUCGCUGUUCAUGAAAUUGAAAGGAAAAGAUUAAAUUUUCAGAAGAAACGAAAUUGUCACACUCACGUCUCAACUUAUACUCAGAGUCUUCACAUCAUCGGCGCCGCAUCGCAAUCGCAACCUCACAUUUCCGCUCCGAUGCGGGCUUAAAGCUAUCGCCGAGCGACAUACCCUCUCAGAACUUUAUUUAUAUCAAGCCCAGAUCCUGAUCUAACGUAUAGUUCUAACUGCAUCUCAUACUCAAAAGCGAAUUACAACAAGGAGAAAAAUACAAAAUGGCUUGUGAAGCGUGCAAAACAAUCCCUCCCGUCGUGGCUGAGGGGUAUGUCGAAAAGGGGAACUGGGAGGACGUGGGUGGUUUAAAGACCUACGUCACGGGUAACCUCUUAAGCAAAAAAGCCAUCGUUGAUGUUUACGACAUCUUCGGGCCGGCACCUCAGACUCUACAGGGAGCUGAUGCGUUAGCCACGGCUUUGGAUAUCCUGGUUGUGGUACCAGAUUUCUUCAAGGGGAGUCCGAUGCUGGGUGAAUGGUACACAAGCCCAACCGAAGAAUCCGAGAAACUCAAGGCCGCUUUCUUCGGAAAAGCCUUCGAUUUCCCGCAAGCCACUAAAGACUUGCUAGACUUCACCGCCGCGGCGAAAAGCAAGUGGAGUCAAGUCUCGAGCUGGGGCGCUUUCGGUCUCUGCUGGGGAGGCAAAGUCGUGGUUUUGACGAGUGCGGAGAGCACGCCUUUCACUGCAUCAGGACAGGUGCAUCCUGGGAAGAUGGAGAUUGCUGAUGCUAAGGCGCUCGUGAUCCCGCAUAUCGUUCUUGCGAGCAAUGGGGAGCCGGAGGAUGUUGUUAAGGAGUAUCAUGAUUUGCUUGUUGGGGAAGGGAAGCCGAAUGUGGUUGAGACUUAUGGGACGAUGCACCAUGGAUGGAUGGGUGCGAGGGCUAAGUUGGAGGAGGAUGCGAAUUUAAAGGAGUACACGAGGGGGUAUAAUCAACUGGCUGCGUUUUUUGAGAAGCACCUUUGAGUCAUGAUACCUUUAUGGGGAAGAGUUUGAGAUUGAAAUUAGCUGAUGAGAUGCCAUCAGCAUAGAGCGCUUUGCAGGAGCUGAGAUGAGAGACGCGGUUAGGUUUCUCUUGCUAUCUUGUCCUAUCAUGCGAGGGAAAUGAUAUUCUUUUCACUUGAGGUCACGGAAAUGCAAAGUUGCACAAGGAGUUGAAAAUUGGAACCAAUGCUUUCUAAUAUUGCGCAAAAUCUAAGAGCAUUUCUUGCUCGUAUUCUAAAGUCCAAAGAGGCCAAUUAAACUGAAAACAAGUGCUCUCCUCCACAUUC